AUGAAGUUCUACACGGCCCUGUGCUGCUUGGUGGCGGCGUUUGCUGCAAAGACGCAGCCUGGACAAUUACAGGCGGGCCAGGCUUUGGUGCAGGAUCACUUGCAACCAAAGGAACUUUCGGAGGAGGAAGUCGUCGAGGGAGCUCUUGGAGGGAACUCCUCCGGUCGGGAGCAGAAAAAGAAGGAGAAGGACGCAAAGGACGGCCCACUGCUCUCGCCCCCCGUCGUCACUUCCUUGCCUGCCGGGUCUCCUGCUGCGGCGCCCGCCGCCGCGCCUGCAGCGGCUCCCGCUGCAGCUCCAUCUGCUGCUUCGACGAGCGUUCCAGAGGUAGCCUGGUUUUCCUGGUGGCCCUGGUGGUUGUCACCCAGCAUCCCAGCUGCAGUUUGUGCAAGACUGCCGCAGUUUGCAAUCUUCCUUGCUCAGCUGCUUGCUGUUGCCCAGCUUUCCGUAAGGUCCAGUGCGUUUGGUGCUGACCCCCUUGCAGCCCAGAUGAGCCGCGCAAAGCUCGAGGCAGCCUCGUCAUACGUGGAGGAGUAUGUGAAAGUCGUGGAAGAGGUGGAACUUGCGGCCAAGGACGUGAGAGUCGGAGUAAUGUUGGCAACCAUAUUGGCAAUGCUUUGCCCGGCUACACAGGUCACGUUCCCUGUGCCCGCUUGGAGGGCGAAGCUGUGGCGUCUACUUUCGGACGUUCCCUCAGAAUUGCUCAAGGUGUCCGCAGCCAGAAGACUUGCGACGUUCAGGCGAUGCGAUUGCAGCGUGAAGAACAAGAUCGACGGACCAGGAGCCCAGAGCCGAUUGUAUGACAAGAGAGGCGUUAGCUACCCACCUGCUGGCGACACGCGUCACUCACGAAUCCCAGAGUCCAAUGAGGAGAAGUUCCACUACCACUCCGGCAUGGGAUUGACGUCGCUCGCAUACGACGGUCUCGGUGGUGCUGGGAAGCUGAGAGGCCGCGGUGCCGCCGCUCGAGGAAUUCCUGGCUACCAGGGUUACGUACCGGGGAAGGUUGCAGAGAAUGCUUUCGCAGAGACCUGGUCGAAAACGCAGGAGACAUCGCUGGCGUCUCACUUUGCUGCACGAGCACAAGCCCCUAAGACAUGGACACUGAUGACAGAGGGAAGGACUACGUUGGCUCCCGUUCCUUCUGACACAAUCGCAGAGAUGCCGCUGCGGAAUCCUUCCUACCAGGACCAUGCAAAGGGGUGGUCGAGUUGCAAAGUCACCGGAAGGGAGGUCCUGCCGGCCGGUGGGGAUGCUCCCCUUGGCAGACACGAGGCCUUUGACAUGAAGGUGCCGGAUCUGUCACAUGUACUCCAUCAUGGAGUGGCGCCCAUCCAUGGCUACAAGGGUUACAUUCCUGGCCGUGUCAGCGAGAACGUCAUCGGCGAGCGCCAAUGCAAGUCCAUCGCGCUGGCAGAUUGUGACAGAUCAUCUUCACCGCAAAGCGCGGCUGCGGAUCACGCAGCGCUGACGCGGUUGGCAGACCAUGCAGGGGACAAAGCCAGUCCCUGGGACACUCCGAAGGAGUGUGUCCUUAAGGGCGUUUCACCGCAGCGUUGUGAGAACAUGCAGGCGCUUGAAGAAGGUCUCGAGCGCAUCUAUGAUUUCAAUUCCCCGGAGCGUGCCGUCUUGACAGCGUUGCGGCACACAUUCCAGCACACAAAACAGUCCAUGAACGAGGAAAGUCUGGCGACGACGCCUAGCACAGAGAAGGCAGAAACAUUGCUGGAGGCGUCGAAGGGCAAGCUUGCUGCCAUCAAGGAGCACCUUAGCGGCCUGGAGGCUGGCUGCUCCGAGGAGUUGAAGGGCACCCUCCAGGCAGGUCUUGGGCCCUGCCAAGCGAAAGUGAAAGACUUCGAUGGGCGACUGUCCAGGUUGAGCCAAGCUCUCGCUCAGCACAAGCAGAGUUUCGAAGCUGCAAGGGAAGCUGUGAAGACACAGGAAGCUGGUGAGGACCCAGGCGACAAUAAAGCUCAGAAUGGAGGUGUCUCUGAGGAGACGGUCGGAGUCCCUCCGGCUGAAGAAGCGACUCCAGCGAAGAAGGAAGAUGCCAUGCAAGUAGACGAGCCCGCGCCGAUAGCAAAGCCUGAAGCAGAAGGCGGCGCAGCUCCAGAAGGCCAAGGCCAAACCAGCGCGUGA